AUGCCCACACCAUCCCUGCAGGGCGACAAAGCUGCCGACCAAGAGUUCUUGCAAUUCCUAGAUGCCAAUGGUGUCCCCAAAGAGGUCUUUACUGGUGCCAUCCGGCAAGAGAUCCCUCGCUAUGUCCGUGUGAAUCCGAGGGGACCCUUCGCCGACUUGUCUCCGGCAGAGCGGCAGAAGGCCAUCAGCCAAGCGCUUCAAACUGAGCAGAGUGCGGUGCAACUGGUCCAAUGGCUGCGCGCUGGAGAGGUGCAGCAGUCCGACCAGCUUAUCGCAACGGGAGCUUGUACGGUGUUGAUGCUGCUUCAGUCUUCGCAGUCUGUUGCUUGCAGCCAAGGCCCAAGGAUCAUAUCUUGGAUCUCUGUUGCGCGCCAGGUGCCAAGCUUUGCACGCUCAGCGAUGCAGUCGGACCUGAUGGCACAGCCAGCACCUCAAGACGAAACCGGGCGUGACCGCCUGGGUGUGACUGGUGUCGACGUGGCCGAGCAACGACUUGCAGCGUGUCGCACAGUGCUGCGCAAGUACGGCAUUUUGAAUGUGAAGCUCUCGCUGGGCGAUGGCACCACCUGGCGGCCGAACACGGCGGAAUGGUUUAGCCUGGAAGCUCCUCCAAGAGGGCGCGGUCAACGUGGUCGCAAACGGCGCUUCGAGGAGAAAGCAAAGGCCGAAACGGCGGCGGCCACGGCCGACACGGCCGACAGGGCCGACAGGAACGAAAGCUGCGACCGGGUGCUGGUGGAUGCGGAGUGCACCCACGACGCAUCCUGCCGACAUUUGGAGAAAUUCCGGACGCAGUGGGGCCUGGACUCUUUGAGUGGCCGUGUUCCUUGGAUCCGACAGGAACUUCCCUAUCAGAAGUGGCCGGUGAAUCUGAGAGAUGUGGGCAUCACUGGUUAG